AUGUGGUGGGCAAUCACACUUCUUCCGCUUGUAUCGGUGCGGAAAGUCUUUGUAUCUUCUCCCUUCGAUAACUUUCGGAUGGAAUGUCCUAAAAAAACUGCAGCUAUAGAUGUCGCGAUUAGGAUGGUGGAGUCAGUAGGUGCGAAGAGACAAGAUAUUGUUCUGGAUAUGAGCUGUGAGAAUAUUGAUGAGCUCUUUCCUUGGGUCAAUAUUCCUGCUGGAAUUUCUGAAGUUGAGCGAGAGGACUGUUAUUAUUCACACAUGUUUGAUCCAAUUAUAGACGAAAAAACUGAGUUUAGUUGUUACCGUCGAGAAUACAUGGCUGGUAUUACACGCCUUACUGACACGAGGGUGCAGAUAAUGUGUUGUCGUCUGCGCUCUCGUGACGAAAGCAACUGUCGAGAGAUUUUUUUUAACAAGCCGAUCGGUCCUAGCAAAAGUACUAUCGUGAGGUACGAAAACCAGUUGAUUAAUGCUAUACGCCUUGACGGAGAAUACUACAUAGUGCGGUUUUGCGAUCUGACGCCGAGAGAUAUAGUUAGUAUAUACGAUGAUGUCAAAACAACUGCCUCGCGGAGAUAUCACACCACCACUCCUGGUUUGCCGAAGCCCCAUAGCAAGAUCAAGAAGGUCGGAAAGCUGGGGCCUACGAAUAAACCCCUUCAAUCAAGUAGGACUUCAAGUUUGGCACCUUUAUUAAAACUUGGAAUUCCUUCUUCUUCCACUUCUUCUUCAACUGCCACGACAACUUCACUUCUAAUUGAUUUCCCAACCGGAGGACUCUAUUCGGCUCCUGAAACUGACAAAAUUACGCCCACGGGAACUGAGAGUAGCACAACAGAAUACGCAAGAUCUGAUGGUGAGGAAGAAUUAGUUAUGAAUGAAGGCUCACCUGGAAGGACACCACAAGUCCCCGACACAACAAUCGGCGACAUCUUGAGAGAUAAUCAAGUCAAAUCUCCUGAACCAACAAGGAAGAAUUGGCAGGAAGAGCGGCAAAUAGAUAAAAGCAAAGAGGCGCAAAAUAGUGACAAUGAAGAGAAUGAAGAGAGCGAUUUUUCCGAGAAUACUAGAACUCUACCUGUUGCAUCUACCAUGUCGAAAGUCAUUACCAAUACAGUUACCGCUGCAACAUUUGAGUCUUCAAAUAGAAAGCGUGCUGAGCAAGGUUUGCAAGCUGCGACAAAGUGGAUGAACACCAACACUCCGACGCGAAGUUCCGUUGAAGACAUAUCAAUGGUCAGUGACCUUUCCCAGCUAACAUUUCAUAGUGAGGAGUUUCCCAAAUCCAAUGAAAAUAAACUGGCUGCAUCAACAAAAUUUUUUUCAACAAAAAUUUCCGAAACUGAGUUGCCUUUGAAAAUGGAGGUAUCAGGAGACAACUUCUUAUUCUUGCAUCCGAUACAUUCAGAGGAGCAUCGUCACUCGCCUAUCCAAACGCACAGGCCUUAUGUUGGGAUCCCCUCAGAGGAAGAUGAGAUGAACGGAACACACAGUUCUUGGGCAACCACAACCGUAGAAAGUUCAGAACCGAGAAAACUAUAUCACCUUGAUCAUCUUGACUCCCGUUAA